AUGGACCAGGAUAUGAGGGUCGAUCAUGAACAGGGUACAGGAGACAAGGACGAACGUGGACCAGGGUAUGAGGGAUACAAGAAUGAUCAUGGAUCAGUAUACAAGAAGGAUCAUGGAUCAGGAUACAAGACUGAUCAUGGAUCAGGAUACAAGACUGAUCAUGGAUCAGGAUACAAGAAUGAUCAUGGAUCAGUAUACAAGAAGGAUCAUGGAUCAGGAUACAAGACUGAUCAUGGAUCAGGAUACAAGACUGAUCAUGGAUCAGGAUACAAGACUGAUCAUGGAUCAGGAUACAAGACUGAUCAUGGAUCAGGAUACAAGACUGAUCAUGGAUCAGGAUACAAGACUGAUCAUGGAUCAGGAUACAAGACUGAUCAUGGAUCAGGAUACAAGACUGAUCAUGGAUCAGGAUACAAGACUGAUCAUGGAUCAGGAUACAAGACUGAUCAUGGAUCAGGAUACAAGACUGAUCAUGGAUCAGGAUACAAGACUGAUCAUGGAUCAGGAUACAAGACUGAUCAUGGAUCAGGAUACAAGACUGAUCAUGGAUCAGGAUACAAGACUGAUCAUGGAUCAGGAUACAAGACUGAUCAUGGAUCAGGAUACGAGACUGAUCAUGGGUCACGGACGGCGCAGAAUGAUACGAGGACAUUGUUCCUAAAAGUUAUUGCUGAGCUUGGAUCUCUAAAUAUUAGAUCUUUUGCUCCGUUAUUAUAA